AUGUUUCUCACCAAGCUCUCCCGCCUAAACCCAAACCCACUCCUACUCAUUCUCACGCGCCACCUCUCCAACCCCUCGAAACUCCACGACCGCUACUCCUUCAAACCCCCACCCUCCCUUUCCCCAAACACCCAAGGCCAAAACCCGAACCAUAAUAACCCCAAGAAGAAGCAGAAACCCCAGUAUCGCCCGCCAUCGUCCCUCGACCGAACGGGUCAGAAGCCGAUACAUUCGGAUUUGCCCUUCGAUUUCAGGUACAGCUACACCGAGUGCAGCCCGACGGUGAGGCCCAUUGGGCUGCGCGAGCCCAAGUACUCGCCUUUUGGGCCGGGGCGGAUUGACCGGGAAUGGAUCGGGGUGUGUGCGCCGGCUGUGGACCCCAAGGUGAGGUCCGUGGAGGGAGCAGAGGAGGAUCCGCAAUUGGAAGAGAAGAGGAAGAGGAGGAGACAGAAGGUUCAGGGAGAGCCUCUAACUCCGGCCGAGAGGAAAAUAUUGGUGGACAAGUGCCAGAGGCCCAAAACCAAGAGGCAAAUCAAUUUGGGCAGAGAUGGUUUAACUCACAAUAUGCUGAAUGAUAUUCAAAACCAUUGGAAACAUGAUGAAGCGGUGAGGAUAAAAUGUCUAGGCGUUCCCACCGUUGACAUGAAAAAUGUUUGCACCCAACUUGAGGACAAAACCUUUGGAAAAAUCAUCCACAGACAUGGUGGUGUACUUGUAUUAUACAGAGGCAGGAACUAUAAACCCAAGAAAAGGCCCGUGAUUCCAUUAAUGUUGUGGAGGCCACAUGAGCCCAUAUAUCCCAGGCUGAUCAAAACUACAAUUGAUGGCCUAAGCAUUGAAGAAACAAAGGAAAUGAGGAAGAGAGGAUUAGCUGUCCCUGCUUUAACAAAACUUGCCAAGAAUGGUUAUUAUGGUAGUCUGGUAUCCAUGGUUAGAGAUGCUUUUAUCUGCUGUGAGCUGGUUCGGAUAGACUGCCAGGGUCUUGAGAAGAGUGAUUACAAGAAAAUAGGCUGCAAACUCAGGGAUCUUGUGCCUUGUAUCCUGGUGACAUUUGAGAAGGAACAGAUUGUGGUUUGGAGAGGAAAGGACUAUAAGCCUCUAGAGGAUGGAUACUUCCUUCCAGAUCGAGAACUGUUUGAUAAUCCAGAAGGUGAUUUGGUUUCAGGAGAAGAGGGGUGUGGUAACUCAGAUGGCAACAGUAGCGAAAAGGAAUUCGACUCUGGUGAAGAGUAG